AAUCAGGGAAAAUGGUCAAAUCAAAUUUUGAAAACAUGGCAUCUACUUUACUGGGACUGGUGUCAUCAAUAUCUAAAACUGAUUUAACCUUGCCGUUGAAGAGUCUUGUCUACAGACGGUUGUUCAGCACUGGGACCAGGGCAUUGAGUGAGACUGGACCCCCCCCCCCCUUACAAAGACAAAGUGGCCUUUAUGACAGGACGAGGAAUCGGGUUGGGAAAAGGCAUGACCACAACACUGUCAGCACUAGGGGCAGAGUGUGUCAUCGCUAGUAGAAAACUGGAAGUUUUGAAAAAGACUGCAGAGGAAAUUACAGCUCAGGCAGGAAAUAAGGUCCAUGCUGUGCAGUGGGAUGUUAGAGACCCCAAGUCAAUUGAAGCUGCUGUGGACCAACUGGUGGAGGUUGCUGGUCUCCCUGAUGUGGUGAUCAACAACGCUGCAGGGAACUUCAUCUCCCUGUCAGAGAAGCUGUCUGCCAACGCAUGGAGGACCAUCACAGACAUUCUCCUGAAUGGCACGGCCUUCAUCACCCUGGAGCUGGGCAAGAGGCUGAUACUGCCCGAGAAGGGUGCUGCGUUUCUGGCCACCACCACCAUCUACGCAGAGACCGGCUCUGGAUUUGUGGUGCCCAGCGCGGCUGCUAAGUCAGGAGUGGAAACUCUGUGCACGUCUCUGGCUGCGGUGUGGGGGAGGUACGGCUUGUGGUUUAAUGUCAUUCAGCCAGGACCAAUCAGAACCAAGGGGGCCUUCAGUCGUCUCGAUCCCACGGGCAUGUUUGAGAAGGCCAUGAUCGGCAGGAUACCCGUGGGCGGGCUGGGCACGCCCGGAGAGAUUGCCAACCUGGCAGCCUACCUGUGCAGUGACUAUGCCUGCUGGGUGUCUGGAGCGAUCUUUUGAAUGGAGGUUGGAGAUUGUCUCCAUGGCAGGAGAAUUCAAUGAUCUGAGGAGGGUCACUGAGGAGCAGUGGGCUAUGAUGGAGACCAUGAUCAGCGGCACCAAGGGAUCCUAAGAAGUCAAGAUGGGAACAUGAUACUCUCUACCACUGUUAAUGCUCCAGGGAAACACAGACACACAGACCUUGUCCUCCCCCACUGAACAGAGGGUGCUUGACUGUGUCUGAUGCCAUAGGACAAGCACCAAACAACCACAACGGAGGAAACGUCCAUUCAAUCCAACACAAAGCACCAGUUCACUGACCCUCCUGCUAAAGCUGUGUGUAUGUGUCUCACAGUGUUGGAAUAUCUCCAGGAUAAACACUAUUACUCUGAUUGUGGUGUCAGCAACACGUAGCUGAGAAAAUGAAAUGUGGUGGGGUUUUAUUUACCUAUCCUAUGAGGUUUGUAGAAAUGUCCAAUUGAAAAAAACUACAAUUUAAUUGGGUUAUUCCUAUGUCAUCUUUAAUUGUGUUGAACCAUUGUCCAAUUUGUUUGUAGAAUCUCCAUUGACCAUGCUUUUAAGGUCAGGGGUAUGCCUGUUCUGUGUCGAGGGGAAACAGGCAUCAAUGUAUAGAGUGGAACAGUACCUUGCUUUGAUUAAGUACAAUUAGCUCUCCCAUAAUGCAGCGUGUUCCCCUCUUCCUACUUCAUACCCCUACCCUUUCGCGUCCCAGAGGUCCAUUAGGCACAAACACACAGACACACACUUCACACCUGCUACAUUUAACCUUUAUUUAACUAGGCAAGAACAUACUGCAGCUCAACUCAGAUAAGCCAUCGCUAUACAUUCACUAACUCAGAGAGAGAUGCCAGCAGCUGCCCAAUUAGGAGAUAAAAUCAUCCUGCUGUCUAAACUCUCUCUGCAUAGUGGAUGGGGGACAGAGCACUGAGCAAUGCCUCUACACUCAAUGCUGUCUGUCAUAAAGCAGCUGUUAACUUUUGACCUUCAAGUGCUCCUAUGCCUACCGAAAGCUCCUGUCCUGGAACCAGACUUUCUGCAUUCAUCAACUCUGCAUUGUUGCAACGACAAGUUGGCCAAAUCAGAAACAGAUUGGCACACAGGUUAAUGAAGUUCCACAUGAAGUGUCCUCACCUCCUCCUGUAAGCACAUCCCUCCAGUGCUGUUCAACCUCCACUGGCUCCCAAUAUGCUAACGAGUUGACUUUAAAAUCCUGGUUCACAUCUACCAAGCUAGCCACAACUCUGGAGCCAGGUACCUGUCUGACCUCAUUCUACCCCACACACAAUCUUCACUCCUCCAGGUCCAUCUCCAUUCAGCAUCCCCACUGCAGACAAACAUUUAUGGGUGACAGGGUCUUUCAGUUUUGCGGCUCCUCGACUGUGGAACUUCCAGUCAAUAUCAGGGCUGUAGAGUCUCUGGCUUCGUUUAAGGCCCAGCUUUAUUGUGCUGUUCAGAAUAGCUUUCAAAUACCUAUGUUAAUUCUGUUCUCCUGUCCACCAGAUCUGACGACACCUGUAUAUAGCUUAUAAUAUAUAUAUAUAUAUAUAUAUAUAUAUAUAUAUACACAUACAUACAUACAUACAUACAUACACACUGAGUAUACCAAACAUUAGGAACACCUUCCUAAUAUUAAGUUGCAACUUGCACCCCUCUCUUUAACCAUGAGAACAGCCUCAUUUGUCGGGGAAUGAACUCUACAAGGUAUGCUGGCCCAUGUUGACUCCAAUGCUUCCCACAGUUGUGUCAAGUAGGCUGGAUGUCCAUUGGGUGGUGGACCAUUCUUGAUACACAUAUAACUGUUGAGCGUGAAAA